UUGCCGCCGCCUCCGCCGCUGCCUCUGCUGCUCGGGCUGCUGCUGGCGGCCGCGGGGCCAGGCGCGGCGCGGGCCAAGGAGACGGCGUUCGUGGAGGUGGUGCUGUUCGAGUCCAGCCCGAGUGGCGACUACACCACCUACACCACCGGCCUCACUGGCCGCUUCUCGCCGGCUGGGGCCACGCUCAGCGCCGAGGGCGAGAUCGUGCAGAUGCACCCGCUGGGCCUAUGUAAUAACAAUGACGAGGAGGAUUUGUAUGAAUAUGGUUGGGUAGGAGUGGUGAAGCUGGAACAGCCAGAAUUGGACCCAAAACCAUGCCUCACUGUCCUGGGCAAGGCCAAGCGAGCAGUGCAGCGGGGAGCUACUGCAGUCAUCUUUGAUGUAUCUGAAAACCCAGAAGCCAUUGACCAGCUAAACCAAGGCUCAGAAGAUCCACUUAAGAGACCAGUGGUAUAUGUGAAGGGUACAGAUGCCAUCAAGUUGAUGAACAUUGUCAACAAACAGAAAGUGGCUCGAGCAAGGAUCCAGCACCGCCCUCCUCGACAACCCAUCGAAUACUUCGACAUGGGCAUGUUCCUGGCUUUCUUUGUGCUUGUCUCCUUAGCUUCCCUCAUCUUCCUUGUCAGAAUCAAGCUGAAUCAGCGACGUCAGAAUUCCAUGAACAGGCUGGCUGUGCAGGCUUUAGAGAAGAUGGAAACCAGGAAGUUCAACUCUAAGACCAAGGGGCGCCGAGAGGGGAGCUGUGGGGCCCUGGAUACCCUCAGCAGCAGCUCCACAUCUGACUGUGCCAUCUGCCUGGAGAAGUACACUGAUGGAGAGGAGCUUCGAGUUAUCCCCUGUACUCACCGGUUCCACAGGAAAUGCGUGGAUCCAUGGCUGCUGCAGCACCAUACCUGCCCCCACUGUCGGCACAACAUCAUAGAACAAAAGGGAAGCCCAGGUGCUGUGUGUGUGGAGACAAGCAACCUUGCACGUGGUCGGCAGCAAAGAGUGACCUUGCCAGUACAUUAUCCUGGUCGUGUGCACAGGACCAACGCCAUCCCAGCCUACCCCACAAGGACAAGCAUGGAUUCCCAUGGGAACCCUGUUACGCUGCUAUCCAUGGACCAGCAUGGGGAACAGGGCCUCUAUUCUCCACAGACCCCCACCUACAUUAGUGGCUACCCACCCCUCCACCUGGACCACACCUUGGCUACUCACCACUGCGGCCUGGAGCACCGAGCAUACUCACCAGCCCACCCCUUCCGCAGGCCCAAGUUCAGCAGCCGCAGCUUCUCCAAGGCAGCUUGCUUCUCCCAGUAUGAGACCAUGUAUCAGCACUACUACUUCCAGGGCCUCAGCUACCCGGAGCAGGAGGGACAGCCCCCACCUAGUCUCCCGCCCAGGGGCCCAUCCCGUGCCUUCCCAUCCAGUGGGGGCAGCCUUCUCUUCCCCACUGUGGUGCACAUGGCCCCACCCUCCCACCUGGAGAGUGGCAGCAUGUCCAGCUUCAGCUGUUAUCAUGGCCACCGCUCCAUGUGUAGUGGCUACCUGGCUGACUGCCCAGGUAGUGACAGCAGCAGUAGCUCUGGCCAGUGCCACUGUUCCUCCAGUGACUCUGUGGUGGACUGCACUGAGGUCAGCAACCAGGGUGUAUAUGGGAGCUGCUCCACUUUCCGCAGCUCUCUCAGCAGUGACUAUGACCCCUUUAUCUAUCGCAGCCGGAGUCCCUGUCAUGCCAGUGAGACGGGGGCUUCAGGCAACUCAAACCGAGGGCCUGCCAUGUGCCUUGAGGGCUCCCUACCACCUGAGGAGCUCCUAGUAGCACAUAGUCAUGGUGCUGGAAAGGGAGAGCCAUGGCCAGGCCCUGCCUCUCCCUCAGGGGACCAGUUGUCCACCUGUAGCCUGGAGAUGAACUACAGCAGUAACUCCUCCCUGGAGCACAGGGGGCCUACUAGCUCUACCUCAGACGUGGGGCUUGAGGCUUCUCCCAGGGCUGCCCUGAACCUCAGGAGGACCUGGAAGGGGGGCCGAGAGGGGCCAUCGUGUGUCUGCUGCUGUGAGCCUCCGCCCUUUGCACUGGGCCCUGGAGCAGGGGCAGCUGGCAGUGGCAGUACCUUGUUCCUGAGUGCGCCCCUUCAUGAGGGCUGCAGCCACACUGGAGGGGAGCUACAGCCAGGAAGCUCCCAGGGCCUGUAUGGCCUUCACCCAGACCAUUUGCCCAGGAUAGAUGGGGCAAAAUACGAGGGCCUGCCUUGCUGCUUCUAUGAAGAGAAACAAGUGGCCCAUAGUGGUGGAGCGGGCAGCGGCUGCUAUUCUGAGGAUUACUCAGUGACCGUGCAGUACACACUUGCUGAGGAGCCCCCACCCAGCUGCUACCCAGGGGCCCAGGACCUAAGCCAGCGCAUCCCCAUCAUUCCAGAGGAUGUAGACUGUGACUUGGGCCUACCCCUAAACUGCCAGGGGACUCAGAGCCUCAGCCCCUGGGGUGGGAUGCUUGGCCUGGAUGUUCUGCGGCCCCACAGGGGCUUGGGAACAGCCCAAGAAGAGGAGCAGGCUCCGUGCUACCAGGCUGAUGUGCCACUGCAGUCUGGUUGUCCUCCAGCGGUGGCAGGUGCCACCAGGGCCAGCCUCCCCAGUGACCCCCAGGACACUCAGGAGUCCAACGCCCCAGGUGCUGAGGCUGCAGGACCAGCAUCUUGCCCAGCAGAAGGCAGCGGCAUGGGAGCCUGAGCUCAGAAGGAACUCUUAAUGAAAGUUGGGAACUGUUGGACUCUGACUUCCUUCAAAAAAAAAA